AUGGAUUACGAGAAGCGCAUGUCAACCAGCAGUCUUGAAAAAGACCACGGGAUAGGCACCGCAACUUCCAUAAUCGACAAAUCUCUUGAGCGCGCAUACGUCCGCAAACUCGACUUCUACCUACUGCCUUUCCUCUCUUUGAUGUAUUUCUUCAAUUCGGUCGACCGCAGCAACCUCGGCAACGCAAAGACGGACGGCAUGGAUAGAGAUCUGGGGUUCACUGGCGAGCAGUACAGUCUCCUGAUCUUGUUGUUUUAUAUUCCGAAUGGACUGUGCGAUUUGCCACUCAACUUGUUGACAAAGAAGUGGAGUGGGAGGGUGAUGUUGCCCAGCUUGAUGGUUGGUUGGGGCGCAAUGGCAUUGUUCCAAUGUGCUGCGAAGAACUUUGCUGGCAUUCUAGUCAUUCGCCUGCUGCUAGGUGCUUUUGAGGCUGGAUUCUUUGCUGGUGUGGUGUUCUACCUUACUUUGUUCUAUACAAGAGGCGAACUUGGUUUCCGAAUCGCGCUCUUUUUCGGUAGUGCACUGCUCGCUGGAGCCUUUAGUGGGUUGAUAUCGUUUGGUGUGUUCCAGAUUCACCAUGCCACAAUUCCGGGAUGGAAGUGGCUGUUCAUCAUUGAAGGUAUGAUGACUGUUGUGAUCGCACUCAUUGCUUUCGCGUGGUUACCUGCAACACCUCAAUCGGCAUGGUUUUUGAAUGAUUCCGAGCGAGCUGUAGCUGAACGCCGCACACUGCGCGACCUCUCCUCUUCAGCAAGCCACGACUUCAACAUGAGAGAAUGUUUCAAGGAGUGGAGCAGUUGGAAGAUGAUCCCAUGGUGCAUCAUCGCUUUUACUUACCCAGUGGCCUUCAGCACCACUUCCAACUUCCUACCACAAAUUGUGCAAAGGCUUGGAUACAGCGUCGUCAAGACCAAUCUUUGGACAGUUGCGCCCAAUGCCGUUGGCUUUGUGGUGUUGCUGUGCGUCACGUACAGCAGCGACUACUUCCGGGAACGCACUCUCCACAUCGUUUUCUCGCUGUGCGUAUCGCUCAUUGGUCUCGUCAUCCUCGCAUCAAUCGACGUCGUGGCCAACAAGGGUGUGGCAUACUUUGCAUGCUUCAUGCUUGCCGCCGGUGCCUACAUCCCCAGCUGCUUGUUCCAUUCAUGGCAUAACAACAACAAUCUGAAUGAGAAUGCUCGGGCAGCUACAACAGGCCUACUGGUCGGACUGGGUAAUCUGGGUGGUAUAGUGUCUGCUGCAACGUUCAGGGAAGAAUUCGCACCGAAAUACAUUCCAACUUUAGCGGCGACUGCGGCUUGCAACGUAACCUGUAUAUUGUUUACGUUGUGGUUGGGCGGCUGGAUGAAGAUGGAGAAUCGCAGGAGGAACAAGCAGCAGGGCAUCGUAAUCAAGGCAGAGGAGGUCAGUACUGGUGACCUGGGUGACGGAGAAGAAAGUGAGAUGUGGAGAUACUUUACCUAA